UAGGUUACAGACCGGAAGCAGAUUUAUUAUUAUUGAUUUUUUGAAUGUGUCACUGCUGUAUCACAGAACACUUUUGUACAAACUCUAUGAGGAUGGACGAAUAUGAUUCAGAUAUGCUCAAGCAUUGCUACCCAACACACAGCCUCCUUUAGAGACCCUUUCGGAGCAGCAAACCAGCCUUUUCCCCACAAACCGGCGGUUAAAACCUAACAGAUAUUGAUUGGUUGCAUAUUUACAGGUAGUUUCAAACUCUGAAGUCCAGGGAUUUAUUUCUGAUUAGUCUGAACAACAAACAAUUGAAUGUACAGAACCUGAGGAGGAGAUAAAGUGAAUCUCGGACCUUCGAUCUCAAUCUUUGAAAGCAAAGGGGUGGGAAUUCAGAAAGCAAAGCAUGAUGGUUAGCUUUGAAAAGGCCAGUUCUCACUUUGGGAACAGAUUUUCAGGAUGCAAAGAGUUGUGUUUCUGGUGCCUCUACUGGUUGUUGGAUCGAUAUGGACCCACCAGAUGGAUCCAGUGAUGGAAAAUAGUCCAGUAACACCAAUGGAGAACUUUGAUUUUGAGCAGUUUACAGGACGAUGGUAUGAAAUGGCUGUGCUGUCCACCUGUCCUCACUACAUGCAGCGCAAGAAGAGAAACCCUGUCAUUGUGGCGCUAGACCUGACACAUGUUCCUACUCAGCAUAACUUUACAAUGACUUCCUCCUCCUUCAAGAAUGGCACAUGUAUGGAGGCUUUGACAGUUUAUAGCUUGACCAGCACUACAGGGCGAUUCUUUCACCAUAUUGCAAGAUUUGGAGCCGAUGUUGAUUCCUUCGUGAUUCACACAAACUAUGAUGAGUAUGCUCUGAUGCUGCAGCUGAGCACAGAGCAUCCAUCGGGAAAUAAAACCACCACAGUUAAGCUUUAUGGUCGAACUAUGAGUGUUAGUCCUCCUGUUGUUGAUAAAUUUAAAGCGCUCAUCAGACAUCAUGAAAUGAGUGAAGAGGCUGCCAUCAUGAACCAACACAAAGGUGACUGUUUUCCAGGUAAACAAAUGAUGGAGGAAACUGCUGACCAUCAGGCUUCUGUUCCUCAGAUCUCCAAACAGAAUAUUACUACAGAGAAAAAGCAAAGUGAUGUCUGACCAGGUGACAAAUAACUCAUUGUUAGAAAAUUUAUUUGGUGGUGCCCAUCUUUAUACUCUGGUUGUGAAACCUUCAUUCAAACAGCAAGCGGUAACAGAAAAUAAGUAGAGGGAAAAGGACAAUGGUCAACCCACACAGUAAAAGCCUUGUCAUAGAUUGGAUUUCUGAUGCAGCUCACAGUCUCUCCAACUUUAUGUUUUUGCAUCUUUUAAUAUACAUGUCCACUGUGUUUACUUUAGAUUUUCUCCCAAUUUUAAUUUAGAAAGAGCCAAAGCGGUCAACAAUACCACUGUGCUGAAGCAGCUAAAUUAAUUUGCAGUCCUUGUCUGUGACAUAACACAAUUACACAAUGAUUUUUAAAAAAAUGUAUUGUAUUUUAUUUUGUUGUUAUUACUAGUAUUAUUUUUGUAGUAGUAAUAGCGUGCAUAAAUGAUCCUAAUGUGUCAAAAUUCUAAUUGUCAAACUAAAGACGAAAAAUAAAGAACUACUCGUUUGUAUGA